UAAAUAGCAUAACUGAUAUCAGUGGGCACGCACACAAAUCGGAGCGUAGCAUUUUAGUGAAUGGCGUCUUUUUGACGCUUGGUUAUGAUCGUUUCUGUGUUGUUGAUCGAUAAUUGUGGUAUAAUUUCGAAAAUUAAAGCGAAUUUUUGUUCAAGUGGAAGUUAUUUGAAGGGUUGAAAAAUGGAAAGCCGUCGCUCAACGAGAGGUGGCGGUCCAAUUCCUUCGGCGGCAGUGAUCUCCGUUCCAGGUCCUGCAGAAACAGCCAAACGGGGUCGAAAGUCUACCGCCCGCAACAGAUCACCUUCGCCACCACCCGCGCGAAGGCCUUCUCCUGGAAGGGCAACAAGAAAAGCAUCUCCCGCCCGAAAAUCAUCCCCCGCACGUAAAGCUUCUCCAGCGCGUAAAAAAUCUCCCGCACGAAAAGCAUCUCCAGUGCGUAAGGCAUCCCCAGCUAGAAAAGCGUCGCCAGGUCGAAAAACGACUCGUACGACCAACACCGUGGUUAUCACGAAGAUCUCACCAGAAACGAAAGAAGAACCGAGAAGAUCAGCGCGGAUAAGGACCUCCGAACAACGGGACAAAAGUCCUGUGAUUAAGAAACUUCUUCCCGAUAAAGUUCUGUCAGCGAUUUUGGACGAAACGGAGGAAGCUUCUCAGAAAGCGUCUCCAGCGAAGAGUUUAACUCCAAACACGAGUCAACGAUCCGCGCCUACUACCGAACGGAGCCGAGCAUCCGCCUCACAUUCUGUAAGUGUGGCCAAUGAAUCACAGGAAUUUUCCGACCAAGAAGAUGUGGAUUAUCAAAGUUUUCGAAGGGACGAUAAUGGAAUUAUGGGGGGCGACAAUAAAUCGUACGCCAGACGAAGUACGGCAAAACAGCUUCAAGAACUUCGAGAAUUCGGCGGGAACUUGGGCGCUUUGAGUUUGUUGCUUCUUGUACCCACUUUCGUCAUGUUCGUUAAUCAUUUUUGCUCCGGUGCCGCUCAUCGUGAUUGCACGUUUAAGAUUCCGACUAAUUUCGACGAGUUUAAAAUGCUGUCGACUUAUUUCAACCGGGAAGUUGGAGCAAUUUUUCUGCUCUUCAGUUGGGGAGUUGCCAUUUUUACAGCACUUCCCAUUGGAAAGAGUGUGAAAAUUGUGGAUGAAAUCCGUGGCCAGCAGUCUUACACGUUUACCGGUCUAUCGUGUGCGGUUUUCACUGGGCUGGCCGUAUCCGUCGCUGAAUAUUGCUACAAAUAUCCGCUGAUUUCAACUAUCAGCAAAGGAUACAAUCAGCUGCUCAUUAUCAGCUUGGUUUACGCUCUCUUAACGGCUUGUCUGGCAUUCAUAAAAUCGCGAUAUGUUCCACAGAUCAACUGGAACCCGUAUGCCAAGUCGGGCCGUCUUCUGUCAGACUUCCUGGUCGGCCGUGAAAUAAAUCCUCUCACAUUCAAUAUCAUCAACCUGAAGCUCGUGCAUUAUCACAUCUCCGUUAUUUUGGCGCUCGUGUUCAAUUGUAUCAUCAUUUAUCGUAAUCUUCAUUUCUCUGCACUGCCGGCCGAACCAGAGUUGAUAACCUUGGUAGAAAAAGUGACGUUCGCGCUUAAAAACCUCGAAUUUGAAGUAACUCCAGUUUUUGCCGCAUCGCUGACAGUUCUGUAUCUGCUGGAUCUGCUAGUGUACGAACAUCAUCUGACGUUUUCGUUUGAUCUGCAAGGGGAAGGAUUCGGUGCCAUGCUGCUGCUACGAUAUGCGGUUUUCCCCUUCACUGUCACUCUGCUGCCGAAGUACGUCGCGGCACACAAACUGCCGGAAGUGCCGUACUGGGGACUCGCUUUGAUGGCCACAGUUGCGCUCAUCGGACUUUUAAUCAAACGUUCCAGCAAUCGACUGAAGCACCAGUACCGACUUAAUCCACUCAGCGAGAAGUUUAUAGAUCUGGACACUCUACCCACCUUCCAGGGCCGACGUUUGCUGGUCGCAAAAUGGUGGGGUCGCGUUCGGCAACCCAACUACACUGGAGACAUUUUGCAGAAUGUCGCCCUCCUGCCGCUGCUGUAUUGGCGCUUCGCCUGGCCCCCGCUACUCUUCACGCUGUUUACCGUCGCACUCUUAGUGCACCGCGCCCGGCGGGUUAACGACAGAAACGCAAAGAAGUACAACUCCGCGUGGCAACGCUACAGCUCAAUGGUGCGGUACAUGCUAGUGCCCAAGGUUUUCUAAUAGAACGAGGUGCCCUUUUUGCCCCUCUAACACACGUUCAGAAGCAACAUAUUUUUGUAUAAAGCGUUACAUGUUUUUUGUGCUUCUUAUUAUUUCUCAACGCUGUUCCGGACCAGAUAGCACCCACUCAGUCUAUCUUGCAUGCGAACACAGAACACACGAAAUAAAGGGAAUCGGACUUUUUCUGAAAUCGAUUCUAUUUCUGUCUAUGUUUAUCUUAGUGAAAUGACCUUCUAGGUUUAUAGCAAUUUUCGUACAAUUUUUACAACUUUUUUUAGAGCUAGGAUGUUUAGCAGAAUCCCUCGAAUAUAUCGAAAUUUACACAAUAGGAUAAUUGUAAGGGAAAAUUAACGUUUUGGAAGAUUAGUAUUGCGUAGAACGGAUAAUGUAAGCAAAAACAAACAACAAUACAUUGUGAUUGUACAAAUCGAAUAUACUUAAGUUAUAAGAAGCAGGUUGCAGUACUUUUCUUCAGUUCUCAGUUUCCCGCCUCAAAGAGACGAGAAGCAGUUCUGUGCACUAAGUAUUGGAAGCAUCUGAACUCUCAUUGUACAGAUUUUUAAAUAUUUGAUCUUGGAAUCGUCGAAGAUUUGUUAUACAAAACGAUUUUUUUCAUUGAUUUUGCUAUUAGUUUUAAGUAUAGAAUUAGACUUGAAUGAAAUAAAGCUCUAUUGAAACAU